AUGCCUUGGGCAGCCGAGCACUGGAAGGACCGUUCAAGUGAAAACUGUUUGCAAACCUUGGAAGCGAAGAAUGUCAACCUGCAAAGGACAUCCUCUUCCGACUCAACAGAUUCAGGCUGCUGCAUGGAUUCUCCUAUUCUGUUUGGUAUAAAAGAUCUUGAAGACGAAAGUUUUCGGCUACCCAUGCGAAGGAUGCAUUCUCUCCCGCAAAGUCUUCUGGGGUGCAGUCCGGCUCUAAAAAGGAGCUCGUUGGAUAUGCUGGGCUGUGACGUCUUCCAGGCCUGUGGCUCCGAGGAAAACAAAGAGAAUGAGCCCUUUGAAUUCAAGAAGCCGAAAAAACCCGCUUCUCGCAGUUGCUUGCGUACUUCUUCCCUUGAAGAACAAACGGAUCCUUCCGAGUUGAGGCAGAAAUCGAACACUGCGUUUAUAUUUCAUACUGGCAAAGCUCCUAAAAAUGACGUUGAAAGCUACAGCCCAGUGUUUCUGAAGCAGCGUUCCCAAAAAGGCUCUGGAACAGAUGCUGAUGAAGAUGAUGGGUUCUUAGAGUUAAUGGAUGGUCAGGAUGACACGAACGAUGACGAGAGGCCUUCUAACAUGGCAAGCCUCUGGACUUCUCCUCUGGUUAUGAAGAAGGAAGAGGACGCCCACAACAAGCAGUACCAGGUGUCGCACAUGGAAGGCAAGUCCUACAGCGUGGCCAAGCUUGCCCUGAAACGAAUGGAGAGGUGCCAAGAAGAGGGUGCGUCGGGUUUCAGCAAGAGGAGGCGAAAUGCCAGCGGAGCCCUUCCCGAAGAGCAGACGAGUUUGGUUGUGGCUGGACCACAGACCUCCUCUUCCUCCUCCUCCUCUUCUUCCUCAGCAGAGAUAGAGAACAUUUUGGACAGUGAUCCAAGGGACCUUAUUGGAGACUUUUCAAAGGGUUACCUUUUCAACACUGUAGUUGGGAAGCAUCAAGACCUGAAGUACAUUGACCCAGAAAUGAUGGUUGCCGUCUUGAAUGGAGAGUUUUCGAGGUUCAUUAAGCAGUGUGUGAUCAUUGACUGCCGAUACCCCUAUGAGUACGAAGGAGGCCAUAUUAAGGGUGCCAUAAAUCUUCACAUGGAAGAAGAGGUGGAGGACUUCCUACUGAAGAAACCUCUCGUCUCGUCGGACAACAAACGGAUCAUUAUAGUUUUCCACUGCGAGUUCUCCUCGGAGCGGGCCCCCCGCAUGUGUCGGUUUGUCAGGGAGAAGGACAGACUCGGCAACGAGUACCCUUUUCUGCACUACCCUGAACUCUACGUUCUGAAAGGGGGCUACAAAGACUUCUUCUUGAAAUGCAGAAGUUACUGUGAGCCCCUGGGGUAUCGCCCCAUGCACCAUGAAGACUUCAAGGAAGACCUGCGCAGGUUUCGCACAAGAAGCCGGACGUGGGCCGGCGAGAAGAGCAAAAGGGAGCAUUAUAGUCGCUUGAAGAAGCUCUGAGAUUUACACAUGGAACAGGGGAGAUCGGACUCCCCUUCCUUUCGGGACGCCCUGUGACAUUCUGUGACCCUCGCUGCCGGGUGUCCCGGGGAGAGACGGCUCCUAGGACGCCUCGCGCUUUGCUGUCCGCUCCCUAGUAACCAGAAAAACAAAUGGGGAGCUGGUGGACCGCACCGCUCGAGGUCCCCACCCCGGGCGUCUGCCUUCCUGCCUGGGAAUUGAAGGGUUUGCUGUUUGCCUCUGCAGACCGUCGUCUUAAGCAGAGUAAACCGGGGGAGGAAGGAUGAUGGAGAAUACCUUGUGGGGUGUUAAUUGUGAGAUUUUUUUUUUUACUGUGGAUUUUAAUAUUAAGGUUUUUUUAAUUUAGUACUUGAUGGCUCUCCACGCUUUUAAUUGCCAUACAGUCCAACGGAGCCCAGUUGCUCUGUGUCUGUAUCGCCCGGAGGGUGCCAGGGUCCUGUUUGCUCCAAAGGGCAGCUGGCAGGACGUGGGCAGGCGAGGAGAGCAAAAGGGGAGCAUUCCAGGCACCAGAAGAAACUCUUUUGACGGGUGCGAGUGACUCCUUAGGCUUUGCUACAAGUUACUUGGCAGUGGCUAGUGUUUGAGAGUCCAUGAGUCCUCAUUUGCACCUGGUGACCAGGCUGAGGUUUGGGGGAAGUGAAACUGAACGCUGGCAAAGGGCUCCCGCCUCCACGAAGACGCGGUGUGAGACAUUUCAGCAUGUCUGUGAGAGUCCAAGGGUCUGUGCAUCUGGGAGAGAGCGGCCCCUGAUCUUUGCUUACCCACAUUUUACCUUCUAUAGGUGUAGUGCUAGACCGUGGCUUAAUAUCACACGCUAUGCAGCCUUUCAGUAUUAUAAUGCAGUUUGCAUCGAAGCAUUUGGGCCCAGGGCAUAUAAUUUUAGGGAAAUACCUUUGUAAGCUUCAAUUUUCUGUUCUCGUUUGGUGUCAGUAACAACCUCACCCUGCAAAAUGUUAUAAUAAGAGGUUGUUUGGUAGAUUAACCUGAACUGUGUUGGCUUUGAAUGGUUUGUUCUGUCUGAUAUUUGCACAGAUGUUUAGAGGAGGCUGGUGGAGCUGGUCCAUCGGCUUUUGAGUCAUGCUCCAGAUCGGCACCAGGUCUGGAAACGCCACCCAGGCUGCCUCUUUGUGCAAAACGAACAGCCUUUUCUUCCUAAAUAGCACUUAGGCUUCACCCUCUUUUCAUCCAUCAGUACCAAGGAAGGGGCCAAAUGGCCAUAGCACAGAGUUUGGCCCUCCCCCCCAUCCUUUGGAAAGGAACCAGCAGCGUGCUGAGUCCUUUAAAAAAAACGCUCUUUGCUGGUUUCUUUGCAAGAAUAUUUCCCCAAAAUGCUUCUUCCUACCUCCCCAAAACAUACUUCCUGGCGUUGAAAGGAUGCAUUGUUUGUUUAAGUUGCUGUUUGGGUUUUUUUUAAUUGGACAAUUGCACACUCCUUUAAGACUAGGAGAAAAUGUGCUCUUCAUGUCCUGCAAAUGUUUUAAAGGGGGGAGAAUUUACAGUGACAUGAAAGGGUCGAUCAAGGAGCUUCAACUGACUGGCCUCAGGGAAAUAAACAGCCCAAUACCCAAAAUGCUGUGCCUUUUUUAUGUUUUGUCUUUGAACAACCGUUUUAAUUUAUGGUCCCCAGCAAAAAGAAGACCCCCCCCUUCCAGUUAUCCUAGUCCUAAUAUUUUUAAAACCUUUGAAUCGUGUGGUUGAUGCAGAGCUUAUGGAGAGUUGGCGUGUAUUACUAACUUUUAAUCCUGGUGGCAGUUAUUUCAUAGUGGGGGCUACGGCGCCCCCCUCCUGAAUGCCCAAUGACCUCUCCCUUGCCCGUCUUUCCACAGUUAGUAUGGAAGGACCCAAAUCUUCUUGCUUAGCUACACUUGAGUAAUGUGAAGGGCAUGGCUUUUGAAAGUGAAUGGCCUCAAUCUUAAAAAAAAAACACACUCUAUAAUCCCAGAUCAAAAUCCUGUUGCUUAGCUUAGUAAAUUGCACUAGAGUAGAUUCAGCAGUCCACUGGGGAUCUGGUGAGUCAACUCUAGUUGGCUCCUUGAUUCAAGUGGACUUACUCUAACUGUGACUUGCUGUUACAAUAGGCCCCCAGGAGGAGGAGGAGGAGGAGUUGACUAGCCAGAUUCAGUGGGCCUAAACCUAGUGCAAGUUGCUCAGCAACAGGAUUUGGGCUGCUUUUUGUUGUAUGCUGAGAUCUGCGACUCGGCAGGCAGCCGAUAAAUGUCUACAAAGGUUUCUUAGUUGGAGGCCGUUUGCCUCCAGAAGUUACUCCUUUUGAGCCUCUGUGCAGGAGGAUUCUGGCCCGCCUCUUGGGACCUCUUUCAGAGGAAUGAUGCCUCCUGUGGCUUUUUGGUGAAGGGAUAACGGAUGGGGAACCAGACGAUGGGGCUUCUAAGUGGCUUCUUAAGAACAUCUGGUGGAAGAUACCAAAUCGUUCAUUUGUUCAUUAAAAAAAUCUAUUACUUAA